AUGACGAACCCCUCCGAUCUCACGUCGAAGUACUAUGUCGACGGAGUAUACAUUCCUUCGGGUCUGCUGGUUGUUGGAUGUUUGAUUGUCAAACGGGAAUGGGUUCCUUAUGCCGUUGUGCUUGCCGUGACACUUUCAGCGUUCAAGCUCUGGAGUAACCGCGUCCAAAAGGUGCUCAAACCCACUGAGUUCCAAGACUUCGAGCUCAAGGAGAAGACCAUCAUCUCUCACAAUGUCGCCAUCUACCGAUUCAAACUUUCCUCUCCGACUGCGAUCCUAGGUCUGCCGAUCGGUCAACAUAUCUCCAUUGGCGCAGCGAUCCCUCAAGAAGAUGGCACUGCUAAAGAAAUCGUCCGAUCAUACACUCCGAUUUCCGGCGACCACCAACCAGGUUACUUCGACCUGCUCAUUAAGUCGUACCCUACAGGGAACAUCUCCAAAUACAUGGCGUCUCUCGUCGUGGGACGAACCAUUAGAGUCCGCGGUCCCAAGGGAGCAAUGGUCUACACACCAAACAUGGUCCGACACUUCGGAAUGAUUGCCGGCGGAACUGGAAUCACGCCCAUGCUGCAAAUCAUCCGCGCAGUCAUCAGAGGCCGCCCCACCGGUGACAAGACAGAGAUUGACUUGAUCUUCGCAAACGUUAACAGAGAGGAUAUCCUUCUAAAGGAAGAUUUGGAUCAGCUGGCCCAAGAUGACAAGGGAUUCAGAGUCCACUAUGUCUUGAAUAAUCCCCCUGAGAAGUGGGAGGGCGGUGUCGGAUUUGUUACCCCUGAAAUGAUCUCGAAAUUGCUUCCAAAGCCAGCCGAGGAUGUAAAGCUCCUGCUCUGUGGUCCUCCUCCUAUGAUUAGCGCUAUGAAGAAGGCAUCUGAAGGUUUGGGAUUCAAGAAGGCCAAGCCAGUGAGCAAGUUAGAGGAUCAAGUCUUUGCAUUUUAG